AUGGAGCUGCAUGGAGAGACAGAAUUCAACGUGUACGCCAACCCCGUGGUGUCGAAAGACGGUGAGAAGGUGCUCUACGAUGGCUACGCGACGUUCGUGGAGGGCCAUUCGCGCUUCACUUACUCCCUCGUGGACGGCGCCGCGUACUUGGAGACGAACGACAGCUCGUCCAACGCCGCGUCGGUGCGGUGUAUCCCGCCCAGCACUCUACCGUUCGGUAAAAUUCUACCUGCGUUGAACCACGCGACGCCCAUUCCAAGCGCGUCCAUCGGAGACGAACCGGUAGAGUGCGAGAGUGGCAAUCUGUUCAAGACGACGUUUGCUGGCGUCCACUACGCGAUCUGUUCUACCGGGGAGGACGGAUUCACUGCGUUGGCGAGUGAUUUGUCCAUCGACGUGGAAUAUCUGGACGAGCCCGUGAGUAUCUCGAAGCCCACGCUCAGCGAUGGAUCGUCCUGCAAGACUUCGCACAUGGCCAUGGCUGCAUCUUCCUGCGCGUGCAAUUCGACCCCUCGGCCCUGCAUCUUCUUCCACGGCCUGGGCAACGAGAAGGAGGAGCCGAAGCUGCAAGACAGCAUCCGCCACUUUGGCUGGGACAAACUCCAAGGCCACACCCCGUGCUGCACCGUGGUCAAGUACGCGUCGCUCAACACCGUCGACUACGCGUGGACCAACUCGUCGUUGCAGGAGAAAGUGUGUACGCACUCGCUCUCCAUGUCCGACAAGAGCGACAAGUCCUCGAAGACCAUUGAAGACACGAUCGUAGUUACGCACUCCAUGGGUGGCCUCAUGCUGGCUGGAGCUCUGGCCAACAAGGAGUGUAAACUCGGUAAGAGCGCCACGUGGAUCGCGUUGAGUCCCCCUAUGACUGGCAGCAUGUCGUCCGACUACCUCAUGGACUUCUGCAAUGGCGAGGUGAGGAACCUCAUGACGGACUUGCUUUUCAACGGCAGGUGCCCGACGUCCACGGCCCAGCAGUCGUGUGCGUACGAGACCGAGAAGUACAGUGACGAGAAGCUAGACGCGGCCUACGACGCCGCCCAGGAGGCCUACCGCAAGCACGUGUUCGCCGCGAUGUGCAGCAGUUCGUAUGUGGGGAAUAUCUCCAAGUACCAGGCCAAGUACAUGGUGGGAGGCAGGGUGAUCCCGCACAAGUCGUCCAAGAACGACGGACUCGUCGAGUUCCACAGCUGCGCCGGCGGACUUUCGCCCAAGCAGUUUGGUAGAACGCACUGGGACCAAUUCUACCAGUGCGAGCUCAACCACGCAGACACAGCGUUCAAAACGGGCGAUGGAAUCUUCAAGGACACGGUGAGACCCAUCAAGUGGUUCGAGUGUCUUCUGUAG